CUUGACUCAGUUUAUGACUCGAAGCGGACACAGUCUUAUAGCAACAGGUUGGAGUGAACAGUGAAUUGAUUUUAUGGAGGACUCUGAUCUUUCUGUUAUUUUACAAACAGUAAACAUGGGUUAAUCAUCCAUCCGUCGCCCGCUUAUUCAAUCCCUCUUUUAACAGACAAGCAGAAGUAUGGAGAAUUCGAGUACUGACAGUUUGGAGAAUUUCUUCAAAACGGUGCAGGAGCUGUCAGACCUCAUAGCUGCAGUCUCCUCUGCUGUGGAGGAGGUGCAGAGGAGUCAUGACGCCAUCCUCGCCGCUGCAGACCUGCAGGACGGAAACAAAGACGAGCUGGAGAAGCUGAACAGCCAAAUCAAGAAGAAUGCCAACUUGGUCCGAGCCAAACUUAAAUCCAUGCAGGAGAGCUUUGCCGUCGAUGAAAACAGCAACAGUGCCUCAGUGAACCAGCGCAUUCACAAGAACCAGCAUUCACACCUGACUCGGAGGUUUGUGGACGUCAUGAGGACUUACUGUCAGGCACAAACCUCCUUCAGAGAAAAGUGCAAAUUGCGCAUUCAGAGGCAGCUGGAAAUUGUGGAUAAAGUGACCACAGAUGAAGAAUUGGAGGACAUACUUCACAGUGACAACCCCGCCAUCUUCACAUCUCAUUUUAUCUCAGAUUCUCGGAUUACACGCCAGGCCCUUAAUGAGAUUGAGGCCCGUCACCAGGAUAUCCUGCGUCUGGAGUCGAGCAUCAGAGAGCUGCAGGAGGUGUUUGUUGACACAGCCAUGCUGGUGGAGAGCCAGGGGGAGCUGAUGAACAACAUAGAAAAGAACGUGACCAGCGCUGCAGAGUACGUAGACUCUGGCAAAGCAGACACAAAGAACGCCGUUGACUACAUGAAAAAGCGACACAGGAUAACGCCUUUCACCGGUAUCUUCAACCCUUUCAGGAGACCCUCCUCUGCCAAAACUGCUGCGGACCAAAAACCUCAGACUUUAAACCAUGACUGUGGUCAGCGGUCCUGAACCCUGUCACAUGAAAAUAACUCUCCAGAUUUAUGGGGUGGUGGCGUGUCAUGCCCCCUCAGAGCAGUGUUCGCGAGCCUGCUGGCUGGUCUGGCACUGGAUAACUUCAAAUCAGAUGCUACACAUGCCUACUAUGCCAUGCAUUCAUUUGCUGAAGGGAAAAAAUAAACAAUUCUGUACCUUUUUUAGAAAUUGCAUCUAUAUUUGUCUCAAAACUGAUAUCCACACCAGUUCCAUAUUUAUAGUUGUCCUCCAAAGUCCCUUUUGAUGCAGACGUUUUUGGAGGAAAUAUUCUUUAAUAUCAAUUGUCAUUUUCUGUGAACACUCAACUUAAAGGAGUGGUAAACUGAAAUUUGGAGACAAUGGCCAGAAAUACUCCUCAGUCUACUGUAAUAUGGAGUUUUAGUUAGCGAUGUGUUAGAGGUUGGCUUUCUCUCUUCAACUCUAAGAGCCUCCAGAGUGGAUUUUUUUUUUAACAAGUGAUCUUUACGGUAACAUUAACUAUGAAAACUUCCCCUAAUGUGUUAUUGCAGCACUAGUCAGACCCAAAACUACUUCAGUUACGACUGGUCUUGCCAUCCUGACGUUGUUGUUACUCUAGGGUAGGGCUGAAUGAUGCGGAAAAGAAAAUCAAAUUGCGAUUAAUUUUACAGAUACUGCAAUUGUGAUAUCAUUUUAGCAGGAUUUUCACUUAAAAAGCUAUGAAAAUGACGCUGAUUUGAUUAUUGCUGCAGUCGGUAUCCAUCAAACAUGUCUUCAUACAUCUGGAAAAUGCAAUUUGUAGGCCAGGGCAUGUAGCACCAAAAUAACCUCCAACAAUGUUUUGUCACACGUAUCAAAAAAUUGCAGCGCCUGUGAUUUGAUAUUACACCUUAACAUAUUGCGAUUUUGUUAAUAUUUCGGUGAAUUGUUCAGUCCUGCUCUCCACCCUAACUGCCUUCCUUUGGACUUUGUUGCUCCUAAUUCAAUGCCACCAUCACCUGCGUCUCGUACUGACAUUAAACAGUGCCUCGGGCUUCUACCAAGCUGAGGUAUUUUACGCCCUCCGAGUGAAAACGGGCUCAAAAAGCAGACCCUAAAACUGAUUGACUUUUUGAAACUUUGAAAAAACUUUGAAAUUUUGGUGAUUGAUAAAGGUGGUAUACAAGAAUAAUAGAAGAAAAUAAGAGAAGAAAAUAAUAAUGUAUUAAUUAAAGAAGAAAAUAAAGCUUUUUUUAAUUUAAGGAAAACUUUUUAAUUCUGACAGUCAUCCAAAAAAAUGACCGUGUGUGUAUUUCUGUUGAUCUAUGCACUUGCAUUGCUGUGUAGUGUUUCUGACUGACUGGCAUCAGUGGGAGGCUUCAGCUGCAGCAAUGUAAUGUAAUAUCAUGUCAUGUCAUGUCAUGGUCUUGCUGUAAACUUGUUUAGGUUGAUUCUGUUACUCGAUGUUUGUACAAUAAGAAUGAAAAGUUUGCAAACUUCACAAGAUGUUAAUGUCCUUGCUGAAAUGGUUGCUGUAUAAAAUGUAACACUAGAGGGAGCCAGUGGAUAAGGAACCAUAUGGAGAGAGCACCGUUCACCCAAAUAAGCUGAGACAACAACUUACGUCCACAAUGAAGUCAGUCAGAAAUGUUAGGAUGUAACAUAAAAUGUACAGGGGAGCUUCAGUGAGAGCAUGUGGCUGUGUUGUGUUAAAGGCUGAGGAAAAAAUGCUCCUUCCCCCAGAUGUGAACUGUAAUAUCAGCUUGAUUCAGGAUGCACAUUCUUCAUUUCCUCAAAUCUUUUCAGCACCAGGGAAGUUAAGACCACAGGCCUUGUUUUUGGCUAUGGGAACCGGCUGUUUUCAUGUUUUCACAGAGGCUAGAACACUUUGCAGCUGCAUGUGAUUUCAUAAAUAAAACACCUAAAUAUAAAAACUUAAUCUAUAAGAAAAAUAAAGGAAGCACCUGCAUAUUAAAUCCUAUAGAACCAGCUAUUGUGCUAUGGAUUUCUAUUUAGUAAUUUCAAAGCAUAAAAAAUUAAUCAGUUCAUGGAAAACAACAACAACAAAAACA